AUGGCUCGCGCUGUGCGGUGCCAGGCCCAGCAGCAGCGGCAGGCCGUGAGACCCGAGAUCGCUAUGGGCAUAGCUGCCGCGGCCAGCCUUAUCGCCCCUGCUGCCCAGGCGGCCCAGGAGGUGAUGCAGCUGGCGGAGGUGGACGUGACCCUGGCGCUGGGCGGCGGCGCGGCGGUGGCCGGCCUGGGCGCGUUGCUGGUGGCGACCGACCCUCAGAAGCGGUGA